AUCCCAUCUUAGGUUAACUUUUUGUUUGUAAAAUAUUCUUUUCUUGACAAUCUCCUGACCCGUGACAGGCGUGCUGCUAGUUUCCUUUAUACAGCACAAAAGACUGAGUUACUUUUCUUGGACUGGCAGACUAUGAAAAUGAAUUUCUGCCAUAGAAAGCAAGAACUGAGUUUUCAUCUGGAGAUCAUUACACUACUCAUCCAAGGAAGAAGGAGCCAUUGGUGAGUGAGUGAGUGAGAACAGCUUCAUCUCUAGCAAUAAGCAAUCUUCAGUUGUUUUUGCCCCAAUGGAAAUGAGAAGAAGAGAGAUGGAAGCGGCACUUUGGGUCAUCACAUUUCUAUGCUUUUGGAGCUCUGCGAUAGGUUUGCUUUCUCCCAAAGGUGUAAACUUUGAAGUGCAAGCUUUAAUGGGCAUAAAAGCUGGUUUGAGGGAUCCUCAUGGGGUUCUUGACAAUUGGGAUGGGGAUGCUGUUGAUCCAUGUAGCUGGACUAUGGUCACUUGUUCUUCUGAGAGUCUUGUUAUUGGCCUAGGGAGUCCUAGUCAGAAUUUAUCUGGUACUCUAUCUCCAAGCAUUGGGAAUUUGACGAAUCUUCAGAUAAUAUUUUCUUGCAGACUGUUGCAGAACAACAACAUAACAGGACCAAUCCCAGUUGAACUUGGGAGGCUGUCAAAGCUUCAAACACUUGAUCUUUCAAAUAACCUCUUCAUUGGCAGCAUUCCUCCUGCCUUAGGCCACUUGAAAAGUCUCCAGUACAUGAGGCUAAACAAUAACAGUCUCUCUGGAGAGAUUCCAUUGUCACUAACCAACAUGACACAGCUUUCUCUUGUGGACUUGUCUUACAACAACUUGAGUGGACCUGUACCUAGAUUCCCUUCCAAGACAUUUAAUAUCAUUGGAAACCCCUUAAUAUGUGAGACGGGAUCCGAGCCACAAUGUAACGGUGGCAUAACAUUGAUGCCAAUGUCCAUGACCUUGAACACUUCAGAGACUGCUCUUGCUUCGGCCAAAUCAAAACAUCGCAAGCUUGCCAUUGCAUUUGGAACAAGCAUCAGUAGCAUCUGUCUACUUGUCCUCGGAUUUGGGCUGUUUUUAUGGAGAAGACAUAGGCAUAAGCAACAAAACUUCUUUGACGUCAAUGAUCGUCAACACGAGGAAGUCUCCCUUGGAAACUUAAGGAGGUUCCAGUUAAGGGAACUGCAGCUUGCAACCAACAAUUUUAGCAGCAAAAACAUCUUAGGCAAAGGCGGGUUUGGAAAUGUCUACAAGGGCUAUCUCCCAGACGGGACAGCUGUGGCUGUCAAGAGGCUUAAAGACGGUAGCACGGCCGGUGGGGAGAAACAAUUCCAGACGGAAGUUGAGAUGAUCAGCCUAGCUGUUCAUCGCAACCUUCUAAGACUAUAUGGUUUCUGUAUGACGGCAACUGAGAAGCUUUUAGUCUACCCCUACAUGUCGAACGGAAGUGUUGCUUCGCGUCUCAAAUCAAAACCAGUCUUGGACUGGGGCACACGAAAACGAAUUGCGUUAGGAGCGGCAAGGGGGCUGUUAUAUCUCCAUGAGCAGUGUGAUCCAAAGAUAAUUCACCGAGACGUCAAGGCUGCAAAUAUACUUCUUGAUGACUACUGUGAGGCAGUGGUAGGAGAUUUCGGGUUGGCGAAGCUGUUAGAUCACCAAGAUUCUCAUGUAACGACUGCUGUUCGUGGGACAGUGGGGCAUAUAGCCCCGGAAUAUCUAUCUACAGGCCAGUCUUCUGAAAAGACAGAUGUGUUCGGAUUUGGGAUCCUUCUGCUUGAACUCAUCACGGGACAACGAGCAUUACAAUUUGGCAAGUCAGCAAAUCAAAAAGGGGCAGUUCUUGAUUGGGUGAAGAAACUCCACCAAGAGAAGAAAUUAGAGGAUCUCGUCGACAAAGAUUUGAAAAACAACUAUGACAGAAUAGAACUAGAGGAGAUGGUCCAAGUGGCUCUCUUGUGCACACAAUAUCUUCCCGGCCUGAGGCCGAAAAUGUCUGAAGUGGUUAGAAUGCUCGAAGGAGAUGGACUAGCAGAGAGGUGGGAAGCAUCACAGAGACUAGAGUCAAACAAGCUGAAAACACAGGAGCUCUCGUCAUCCGAACGAUAUUCAGACCUCACCGAUGAUUCUUCGUUGCUGGCACAAGCCAUAGAACUGUCUGGUCCAAGGUGAAAAACAACUUGCAUUUGUCUAAGUGAUGGACAAAUCACCCGACUUCUCAAAGGAGAAGGUCACAUAUAGUUAAAGAGUAAUGAAGGGCCGUUUUCUUUAUUUUGUUGUAAUAGCAUAGCAAACAUCCAAGCUUCAAAGAGCUCUGAUGUUUCAUCCCUACUGUAUAUACUUUUUUUUUUUUUUGGUUUUUUAAUCCUUUUUGUAUGAGAUGAGUUGAUGCCAUUCCAA